GCUGUUAUCGCGAAUGUCAAAUGUCAGGUGCCCCCCUCUCCCUCCCCUCCAUCUCCCACAACACAACACAGUGAUGGAAUGCACACACACACACGCAAUGCAGACCAAACCAUGACGCGCUCAUGACCAGUGAGACAGCCGCGCGCCGCCGAAAGCAGCCAUAGCUAUCAAUCGCCUACGAUAAAGCCUACCAAGAGCCCAGUCCAGCGAUGAGCACACGCACACGCACACACAUCCACAGCCACACCCUACAAAACAGCAUCAUCUCUCCCGAGCCGCCCUACAAUAAACUAGCCUUCCUACACGUGAAGCCACCGACACAUCUCAUCUUUCGUCAAGACGUCAGUCAAUAAAGGGGCGGGUCGAUUCGCAGGACAUAGAGCGAGGCCUCAUCCAGCUGUCCCGUCAUGGGCAGCACCGUGGCCACCAGCCGCCCCUCCUCGUCAGCAGUCACGGCGAAAUCGUCGUCGUUGAUCACCCCCAGCAGGUCUGCCGAGAUGACCCACAGCCCCUCCGUCUUGUCGUGCGGGUAGCUCGACCCACUGGCCGCCACCUCAACAACAAUAUCCGCCACGAGCGUCUUGCUUACAGGGGCGAUCCCGAAAGCUCUCAAUUCCUCCCACGUGUGCUCCUCAAGAGUGCGAUUGUUGACCAUCAGCCCGUCGAGGGAGUCGAAGUUCAUGCCAGACACGUUGGUGGCCCCGGAUAUGUCGACCUUGUACAGGUGCUUCUGCGCCUGCUGCUGGGAGCCGGUAUCGCUCGUGGGGAAUUCUCCAUCGCGCUCGACGACAAGGAAGGUCGUGUCGGUGAGUGCGGCGAUCUCGCUGUUGGCGUUCCAGUCCUUCUGUUGGUGGUAGAGGAACUGCUGCGUGUGGCCCGAGUCGAUGCCGAAGGUGAGGAUGCGGGUGAGGGUGGGGUUCAUGACGGCGGCUUUGCUGGGGUUGUACAGGGUCGACUGCAUGAUGCCCACCAGAGUGUUGGUCGACGGCGUCAAGGCGAGACCUUCCAUUCCUCUGUUGGGCCGGCGACGCUCGAAGACUGUCGACAAGAGAGAGUAAGGCAUUCAUUCAUCAAUGACAUGAAUAUGAUAGAUCAGCCAGCUCCCAUGCCCACCUGCAGGUAUCUUCCUGUCGCCGCUGUCGGCAUUCACACCCAUCGGCGACACCCUCUCGACCUCCGUCCCAUUGGCGUCGAAGUGCACUAUAUGCGGGCCAUACUCAUCGCUGACCCAAAAGGACACACCCCCGUCCUCUCCUUCAACAGCCACCAGCCCCUCCGCAUCUAGGCCAUAUGCAUCAGUGGGCAGCACCGUCGACCCGUCGGCUGAGUACGGCACCUCUCCCGUCGUGCCCUCGCCGGGGCCGUUGGGCAGGCCCGUGAUGGGCUCGCCCUGGGGGUUCUUGAGCUCAAUGGUGGACACCAGCUCCACUGACGGGGCUGUGGCGUUGUCUUCACUGACCAUGACGCGGAAGAGGCCAAUCGUGGGUGUGAAGGAGGGGAAGGGGAACGACUUGCCCUCUCCUUCAGGCCCUUUGAAAUUCGCAUUCGGGCCCUGCUCUCACAGACAGACAGACAAACAGACAGACCAAACACAACCUCAGUAUCACCUAUCCAUCCAUUCGAUGAAAGGUCCGUCCUCCUCUCGUGUCCGGCCUGCCUCUCCCCGCCUCACCCUGUCAGUCAGCGCAUAGAAAUGGAAGGGAAGCGACGGAUGCGCAACGGCAGCACUCCCAAAACCGCCAUGCCGCACCUCAACCCCUCCCUCGAUUUCACCAAGCACAGUGAACGGCAAAGCGGCCCCCAUGACGGAGGCGAGAGAGUCAUUGGUGGAGAGCACCUGGCACCUCGUGUGCAGAGCGCUCUGGAGGCACCAGCACAGCAGCAGCGUCAGCGCGUUGGGCCGCAUGCCGGUGAUUCAAAGAUCCGAAUCAGAGGAAUGAAUGUAAGGGCUGAAAGGCAAUAGAUCUGGGUCUGUUGGGGUCUGCUGAGGAGAUAGAUGGGCCAGACCAAAGAAUUUCCCUCCAGG